AUGGCCCGCGGCGGGCCGUCCAAGUCGAACCGCGCGCUGCCCGACGCCGGCGGCGCAGGCAGCGGCAGGAAGGACACGGGCCUGCCGCAGUUCUUCAAGGCGCGCCGCCUCGCGCCGCUGCCCGGCGCCAAGGACAAGGCCGCGCAGCCGCAGCUGAGCAAGACGGCGCGCCGCAAGCUGCAGGCGGCCAAGCGGUACGCCGCACAGAACGGCGGCGCGGCCAUGAUGGAUGUCGAGGAGGAGGAGGACGCGGAGCAGCAGCGCGUCGAUGCGGUGAUGGACGCCGACUUUGCCGACCUGCAGAGCAGCCUGCAUGCCCUCAACGCACAGCUCCUCGCGCCGCGGCCGCCGCCGCGCUUCGAGGCGGCGGCGCAGGACGCAGACGAGCUCGAGGGCUUUGCGCGUGCGGCGCUCGAUCCGGCGCUGACGGGACGCAAGGACAGCAGCUCGCGCGCCUACAUGCGCGAGCUGCGCAAGGUGCUCGAGCUGGCCGACGUGCUGCUCGAGGUGCUCGAUGCGCGCGACCCGCUCGGCUGCCGAUCGUUGGCGACGGAACGCCUGGCGCUGGCGAGCGGCAAGCGCGUCGUGCUGGUGCUCAACAAGAUCGACCUGGUGCCCAAGGCCAACGUCGAGGCGUGGCUCAAGUAUCUGCGGCACGACUUUCCCGUGCUGGCCUUCAAGGCCUCGACGCAGUCGCAGCGCUCGCAUCUCUCGCACUCGCGCGCCGCCGCGCCGACGGCGUCGGGCAGCAGCGGCAGCAAGAUCAGUGCGGGCGCCGAGGCGCUGGGCGCCACGGCGCUGGUGCAGCUGCUCAAGGCCUACGCCAGGCGCGACGCCGGCCGCGCAAGCCUCACCGUGGGCGUCUUUGGCGCGCCAAACGUGGGCAAGAGCAGUGUCGUCAACUCGCUCGUGCGCUCGCGCGCCUGUCCCGUCGCCGCGACGCCGGGCGCGACAAAGGUGGUGCAGGGCGUCGUGCUGGAUAAAGGCUUGCGCCUGCUCGACUGCCCCGGCGUCGUGUUUCUCGGUCCCGAGGACGGCAGUGGUGCAUUGCAGGCGCUGCGCAACACCAUCAAGGUCGAGCUCGUGGCCGAUCCUAUCACUCCUGUGCAGGCCAUCCUGGCGCGAGUGGCGCCGGCGCAGCUCGAGGAGCUGUACAGCAUCGAAGGUGGCUUUGACGAGGGCGACGUGCAGGACUUUCUGAUGCGCGUGGCACUGCUGCGUGGCAAGCUGGGGAGAGGCGGCGUGCCGGACAUUGAAGGCACGGCCCGCAUCGUGCUGCACGACUGGAACAUGGGCAAGAUUGCCUACUACACUCAGCCGCCGGCCGUGCAUGCCUCUCACGGCGCCUCUGCCGCUGCGAACAGUGCGCUCGCAUCCGGCAGCGUCGCAGCCGAUGGCACGGCGCCGACGGAGCUGGACGGCAGCCGCAUCGUGGCGGGCUUCGACGCCGCAUUUGAUCUCGCGGCACUGCUGGGCGAGGCAGAUGCCGAAGCCCUGGGCGGCGGAUCCGGCGUGGGUCGCAUGCCGGCGCCUGCGCCGCCGCAACGACGCUAUGCGGCGCUCGAGGCCGACGAAGACGAGGCGACGGCACUGGAGGAAGACACGGAGCCGAUACUGCCUGCUGCGCCUCCCUCGCCGCCGUCGGCUGCACCAGGCACGCGCAAGCCGAAGCUGGGCGACGCGAGCUUCACGUCGAGUCUGGGCAAGCGGCGCCGCGGCAUGGAUGCCGAGGAGCCCAUGUCCGACUCGGAGUCGGACGAGGAGGAGGUCUCCUCUGCGCGCGCCCUCUCGCCGCUCUCCGACGACGAAGCGCCCGUCGCAAGCUCUGCGGUGCCGCUGGCUUCCGCCGGUGAGGGUGUCGACGCCGCCGCCGCCGCCGCCGCCGCCGCCGCCGCCGCCGCCGCACGCGCCAACGAGCCCGAGUGGAAGCAGCGCGAGCGCGCCAAGGCCGAGGGCCCCGCGCUCGCCGCGACCAAGGCGCGCGGCCGCACCGCCGAGCUGGGCGCCUUCUUCAGCGCCGCCGAGAUGGCGGGCCUGGCCGAGAGCCGCGGCGCGGCGCGCAAGCGGGCGAAGAAGGCAAAGAAGCGCGACACGCUCGCCGGCGCCGGCCUGGUGCAGGAUCUGGAGGCGGCGAUGAACAUUGCCGAGCCGCAGCCGGUGCCGGAGGAGCUGAGAGGCGGCAAGAGCAAGAAGAACAAGAAGAAGAAGGCAAAGGCCAAGACGAGCGGCGCAGGACAGGGAGGCCAGGGCGCGUUUGCGGCGCUGCUGCGACAGGGCGAGGGCAUGGAGGAGGAGCUGUAG